AUGGAGCCCUUCGACGUUACCGCCCUUUAUACAAACGUGUCGAAUGACUCCGCAAUGCAAGCCAUAUUCGAACUCCUUAUACAACACGAAGGAGCAAUAAACAUGUACUGCUUCAAGAUACAGCAGUUGAUGGCACUUUCAAAAGAAUGCUUGAGCUGCUCAAUCUUCAGAUGGUCCGGAAAGUACUACGCUCAAAUAAAAGGGUUGGCAAUGGGACAGCGACUGACACCAAGUCUUGCCAUCGCGUUUAUGUCUAAGGUGGAAGCACCGGUGAUUGAUCUUGGGCCGCUACUCUUCUGUAGAUAUAUAGAUGACUGUUUUGUUCUUUUCUCAACACAAGAAAAAAUGGACAAGUGUUUCGAAUUGUUAAAUGCAGAGUCAGAGUAUAUCAAGUUCACCCGAGAGAAGCCGAAAGAUAAAUGGCUUCCAUUCCUGAACGUCCAAAUUAACCGGUCAGAAAAUGGCUACAUUACGAAGUGGUACCGAAAGCCAAGCAGUAAAACACCUUGGUUCAUUACCCCUCCUCUCAUUCUUCUCACACGAAAAGGGCCCUUGUAG